CUGUGCUCGAUGUGUUAGGGCUGGCAGACCCGGAAGUUUAGUUUGUGUCAGUUUUGGAGCAGUUGCAGCGUAAUGGCUGAAGGAUGGAAAUAGUUUCUGGGCUUGUGUCUUACGCCCUUGCAAAGUUUUUCUUUCUCUCGCGGCUAUCGAAUAAAGAAGAUGCGGAGAAAGUCAAAAAAAUGGAAGAGAAAGUGUUAGAAGUCUAUGAUAUCAUUCGUACAAUUCGUGACCCAGAGAAGCCCAACUCUCUGGAAGAGUUGGAGGUGGUAGCUGAAGAAUGUAUCGAGGUGAAAACAUUGGAUGACGAUGAGUACCUCAUCAUUAUUCAUUUCAAACCAACAGUACCUCACUGCUCUCUAGCCACACUGAUUGGUCUUUGUCUACGAGUCAAGUUGCAAAGGUGUUUACCAUUCAAACACAAGUUGGAAAUUUACAUCUCACAAGGGUCACAUUCUACUGAGGAGGAUAUUAACAAGCAGAUCAAUGAUAAGGAGCGAGUGGCAGCAGCGAUGGAGAAUCCAAAUUUACGAGAGAUUGUGGAACAGUGUGUUAUAGAGCCAGAUGACUGAACACAUACCAGCCCCAUGGAAAUAUGGAAGAACAACGCUUGCUCACACCCUGCUGUUUGCAAAGUCUGGCAAAUGAGGAUUGUCUCUUUACACAUCUUACAAACUUUUUUUCAAAAAACUACUUUUUACCUGCAUACUAAUUAAGAGAAUUCUGAUAUAAUUGUUCAAUUUCAGAUUGAGAAUAUAAUCCCAAACCUGAGGAUUCUCUGAAAUACCUGAGGCUCAAAGUUAGUGCAGUAAUUGAAAGCGCAGUCAUGAAAGUAUUACCCUAGUGCAAAUUGUCAAGGAGCAUUUAAUGUUUCAGUUCUAUUCAGCCAUUAAAACAAGAAUUUUAAAGAACAAAAUUUGACACAACACGAAUGGGUUGCAGCUACUGAUUCUGAUUGUGGUGAUCUCAGCAUGUUGGAAAAGGAAUGUUUUGUUCUGACACAUCCAGCUCAUUUCCAAGGCCAAAGGAAAAUCAUUUAUCCUGGCCUUGUAUAUUAAUAACAAGGUAAUGCAGUGUUGUGCAAAAAGAUUCAAUUAAAAUUUUAUAUCCAUCUUUAUACACUACUCAGUGCGUGUGACAGAGAUUUCUAAAGUCCAAAAGGUGGAAAAUAGUGAAAAGCAAAGCCAAUAUUUGAUGAUUUUGACUGAGCUAUAAAAAGCUGUUUUAUGGCUAAGAUUUUUAAUGAGUAGUCCACUUUCAAUGUUAAUUAUCUGUUGCUUCCCAAAAUAACCACAACACAGACCUGUCACUGACUCCAAUUAGUUGCUGAAGUUUCAUGACAUGAGCUCUGUUGUGUGUAAUUUAACUCAUCUAAACCUGCCAGACAGCUCUCAAACCAUAAGUAGCAACCUCAGAGGAGCCUGCAUUUCUACACGAGUCUACAAAGUUGUUGCAGGACUGCGAGGAUUUCUGUUCUCCAUUGUUAUGUGUGGAUAAUGAAAGGGAACCGGAGACAGGGUUUUCAGACUUUUUUUAGGUUCUUAAUUUGGAAACUUUUUUUUUGGGAGGAAGCCAGUAGGAAAAGGAAGAUGUGCGGUGAAUUCUCACCGGCCAUCCACAAGCCCGCUCAUCCGUGCCUCCUAAAAUGCCUCUUCAUUCAGUCUCCCACAUUCCAGAUGUAGAUAUCCCUGGAAAACAACCUCUGGACGCUCAAAGGGAGAUUCUGAGGUGCUGGGAAGAUUUUAAAUAAUCGAAAGCGAUGUUGAAUUUCACAGCCUGCAAACCAGAUCAUUAACGUAAGCAGCAACAAAACUAUAAAAAUAAGCGUGAGUGAAAUACAAAGAUUUAUGCCAAAUGAUGCUGCCAGUGUGUCCCAGAGCCCUCAGUUAUGUUUUAUUUCUGGUAAAUAAAUAGCCCAUUCACCGGCACAAUUCUAUAUCAUGAUGUUAUGUGAGAGGCUUCAGCAGCCUAGCCGCAUAUCCCUGUAUUCUGUGGUCCCUCUUCAACUAACAUCGAUGUUUUUAUAGAACCUGGCUGCUGCAGUAGAUAAAUACAGCAGCUAAAAUUUUAAUUGCCCAGAUCCCCUUUUCCAAUGUUAUGUCGUUUACUCACACUGAACUCCUGCAGGGGGACCAGUUCCUCAGAUUCUUAUAGCCCUCCACUGCACUACCCAUUUUCCAGGUAUAACAGCAAUAAGUGUUAGCAGGCUGUGCAAUGGGGAGUGGCGUCACUGCUGAGCCAGAUCCUGUCCUUGGCCAGUGUUCACAGAAGUGCACUUUUGCAACAGCAGUCACUGGAUGGUGACCAAGCGAGAAUGGAAAUGAGUCCUAUUCCUCUGCCACUACCACCAAUGUUGCCCGCCCUUUGCCUUCCUGGACACUCAUACCAGCAUCAGUCCCUAAUCAAUAUCCUGGCUUUACAAACGAGGGCACCUGGAAACUUUCAGAAUCACAUAUACCAGGUGAAUCAUAAAGUGCAGCUAUGAGUCAUGUUUGAACCCAAUUUUUAAAAAAACUCCCCUGUUUGGGCCAAUCUUGUGGCUGUUUGUAUUUACAUUAAUAUCACCUUGAUGAAUUCCUCUAACCAUGAUGGAGCUUCCUAUCAUUCCAUUUACUGGUCUUAAAGCCAUACACCGGCUUUUAUUAGUCAGAAGAUUAUUUGGGAAAUGAUGAAGAGUGCAUCUGUUACAUGACCCUGGUUAUAAACUUGGACUGUCUCCUGCCUGGUGGGUGCUGUUGACUUGGAAGUAAAUGUGAGUUUACUGAGACAGUGUGUUUCAGUAAUUUAAAAAUGCAUUGUGCAAGUUUCUAAGGGUCAAAACCUUUCUACAGUUUGUCUCCAAGGCUAAAUAUUUUGAUCUGAGACUCUACAAUGUCUCACAAAACAUCUUGAACAUUUCUGCACCUUUUGCAAUUGACUAGACCAGGACUGCCACAACAUAAACAGCUAGGAGGAACAAACAUUUCUGAGCAGAUCUGACCGAUAAAAUCGUUUGCUUAAUUCAUCUGACUUUUUUGUAAUAUUUUUAGAUGUAAUCAAACCCUUCAGCCUUUGCACUGAGUGAAUACAGAGUUGUGUCAGCACUGUGUGCCCUGUUGUAUACAUUAAAAUAAAUGCAAAAUCCUGCAGAUGCUGGAAAUCUGAAGUAACAAAUUCUGCAAAACACUCAUAUUAGGUAACAACACUGGAGAGAAGCAGUGUUUUAGAUAAUGACCUUUCAUCUGUUAUAUGUGAUUUUACUAAUUUGUGAUUUAAGAAACAUAUAUUGUAGAAACACUUACUACAAGUGUGCUGUAAUUUCUAAAAGUUUGUUUAAAAAGUUGAAAGCAAUAGCAUUAGACUAGGAAUACAGAGUCCCAGGCUAAUGCUCAUUCGUUCAAAUCCCACCAUGGCCCAUGGUAUAAUUUGAAAUCAGCAAAAAGCUGGCCUGAUGUAACCACUGUCAAUUGUAAUAAAAUCCCAUCUGUUUCCCUAAUGCCCUUUAGGGAAGGAAAUCUGCCAUCCUUACCUGCUCUGGCCUGUAUGUGACUCCAGACCCACAGCAAUUUGGCCAUCUUGGUAAUAAAUGUCGGUCUAGCUAGGGAUGCCCACAUACCAUGGACGAAUAUUUUUAAAAAUCAACUUAUAUCACCAAAUUCUUAUCACCUGUUUUAAAGAUGUCCUUUGCAUGGCAUUAUUUCUUGCUUGAAUACACCCCAUUAAGUUCAGUGGGCUAUUACAAGAAACUACACGUGCAAUUUGUUGUAUAUAUCACAUCGCCGGUUUCUAGAUCCUGAACCUCCAAUACCUCAAGGUUUAUACUAAAUCAUAUGAAGUAAAGUGGCUAUUAUCAAUUCCAGGUGCCUUGAGGUGUAUUUUACUGCACAGUUGUAGAAGGUGUAUCCAGUUCGACAAGGGUCAGCAUACAUGGUAGAAUGAUAAUACUCCCAGUCUUUAUACAGCUGAAAAAUGUUUUGAGGCCGCUUGCACCCUUCCUGCAGAAUUAUUUACCCAACUCAAUCAUCCUGGGCCACGAAUGAGAUCACUGUCUCCUGAGGGACAUUUGUAACUUAUGUUUCCCAACCCCCACUGCCUGUGUCUGUCGAGCUGAAGGUUGACACAGGUGGGGAAGGGUGAGAGGAACAGGAGGCUGGUACAGUGUGUUGGGGGGUGGGGAGUUGUGUAAUGUCACAGUCAUCCACACAUCCUGGUGAAUUCUGCUGAAUGUGUUUAGUAUCAAAAACCAACUGAAUUUUAAUCAAUAGCGAGUCUGCCAAACCUCAUUCUGGAGAUUGGAUGUGAUCACUCAUUGCAUUAGUCUUCUUGUUAUUAACUCAAUUGUUCAUAGAAUUCCCUGGAAAAUGUCCUUCUCUCCAAAAUGCAAUGUAUAUUUCAUUAAAGGGACAGUAUCAAAAAUAGUUAUAAAAAUAUAUUUUACUGCAAUUUCACUCAAUUCCUGAGUAAAUGGAUAAAUGUAUCAUAUCUGGUUUUACAGCAAGAACUUUAAAAAAACCGAAAUUAGAGCCAUUUACUAAAAGAAUUAAGCCAUAUGAUUCUGCGCUUUAAAGCAGAAUAAUUUUUAUUACACAAGAGUCAAAGCAAACAAUACUAUCUUUGAUGACUUACAUUCUAAACCAAAAUUAAUAUGUGAACAAAAAUUGGGGUAAGUUGCAGUAAAUAAUGAUCUAUUAAUUGUCAUUCAGUAAUUCAGAACGUAAAUUUUGCUAAAGAUUCCAAAGCAUUUUUUUCUUUCAUCCACGUGGAUGAUUCAGGAAAACAAAACUUUAGGGGGGAAACCAGUAUUCCAAAUCUAUAACAGCAGUGCUGAUUUGUUGGCAAGUGGUCUCUGAUUGGUUAGAGAUGUUUCAUUGGAGAAUGCACUAGUUAAAUGAUUGACAGUUACCUGCCAGGUUGUUUAAAUUUUAAAUCAGGCAAGUUGGCUGUAAUUGAUCACAGCAUUGCUCAAACAAAUAAACCAAUGAAUGGCA